AUCGUAUUUACUGUCAGAAAUAUUUGAUUAGCUCUGUGUAUAAAUAUAGAAUCUGGUUGAUUCCAAGACACUGGUCAUUUUAAAUUGUUACAUUUGAAUGAUAGUGUUUCAAGUGCAAUAACAACUUAACAAAAUAUGGAAUCGUUACGUUUUUUAGUGACUAUCAUAACAUUCAGCUUAUUACAUCAAUGCUUAGCCAGACCAGAUUCAUUGGAAGAUGGUGUUUUGCUUCGAAAUCUUGCUGAUAGUUACAGUGCUCCAUUGGUUGCGUCCUUUUUACAUCUAAGAAUACAAAACACUAUUCAAAUAGUUGAAGACAUCAAGAAUUCGCUGGAAAAUUUAAGUGCAAGUCGACAAAAAUUGCUCGUUUUGAAGGGAAAAAGUCUCGAAGCCUUGGACAAGCAACUAACUUCAUUGCAAAAAACAGAUUAUUUUAACUUCCAUGGAACUGAACGAGUCAAGUAUUUAAUUGAACAGUACAUCUUGAAUAACGAAAUAUUUCCGAUUGAGUUUGGAUCGGAAGAGACGAAUUUCAAAGCGACUCCAGACAAUUUACUUGAGCAGAUCAAUGUUACGUCCAAUGAUGAUCUUAUCAAGAGUACAAAUGAUCUAAUAAGCGUUUAUCUUGAAGAUAUUGAAGAGAAGGAGUCAAAUGAAAAAUAUAAUGAACUUCAAAGAUUGACUGCUUCUCUAACUAAGCAUAAACUGAAGCCUUUAGUCAACUUUAAUUAUACUGAGCCAACGGCAAAAUAUGAUCAUUAUAGAAAUUACAUCAUGCUUGAUAACCGUGCGCUUCAAAUUCAAUUUGUUCUGCGACAGUUCAAAAAUAUCAUCGAUCUUUUUUAUCCUCAAUUUGAAAAUCUGGCGACUCAAAGUGCACCAGCAUCUUCAUUGGAACCAGUUACUUCCAAAGUCAAGGGUUCAGUUGAAGCCAAGGAUAUGCCAACAUCAUACGAUACCACCGAAAGUUUACUUUUAGCUUGAUAUGAUAGUUAUCAAUCUUCUCAUUCAUUAAUUUAGUAAAAGCUCUUUUACUGGGAUUUAAAUAUUCUUAUUCUGACCGAUUAACCGGAAGGUUUUCUAUUAAGUCAGUUUCGAAGCUAUGUAGCUAUCAAUAAAUCAAAAGUUGAUUGAAAA